AUCGACCCGAUAUCGACCCGUCGAUUGACCUAUGCGGAAUACUCGGUUUUAAAUGGAGUUUUUUUGUAUUCUUCACUCAAAAGACUACCUGAGGAGAAGUAAAUUCAAAUGCUAAAAACCAAAUGCACUUAAAGCGGAGCCCUCCGCUUACCGCUAGAGGAAUUUCUUUCACAUGGACCCGUGAGUCUCUUUUUGCUGAUUCAGGUAGUUUAGCUUUUUUUUGUUGCUAACGAUGAAUACAGCUGGUGAGUGGGGCCUUCUGAGUCCUGAUGGCACACUGCACAAGCUAUGUGAGCCAAAUUUUUUUGUGGGAAGGGAUGAUCAGAUGGAUUUGACGCUGAAGUCAAGAAGUGUGGAUAAGCAGCAUGCUGUGAUCACAGUGAAUACACAGAACAAAGAGUACAAGUUACAUGAUCUUGGAACUUUGAAUGGUACAUUUGUAAAUGAUUCAAGAGUAAAACAGCAUCCAGUUGACUUGAAGCUAAGAGACAACAUUCGUUUUGGAUAUGACUCAAAUACCUUUCGUGUGGAGCCACUUCCUUACAGAAAUGGGCACUCAGUUCUCAGUGAUGGCAAACAUUAUGAGAGACAGCAACUUGACGAAAAUGAACAUUCAAUGGAAACAGUAUGGGAGCCCCCUUCUGAGAGGAAACUCUCUAUCCAAUCAGCUGCUCAGCAAACUAAUUCAGAUGAGGAUGGUUGUCGUUCUGGAACCCCAGACCAAGAUGUUCUUGUGUACCAUGGUGUUCCUUCGCCUCACUCGCCCCACUCUCCUCACUCUCAAUACCACCCUCCCUACCCCCACUAUCCUUACAUGACGCCAAUGUAUCACCACCCACCCCCUGUGAUGUGUCAUUGCCCGUCAUGCGCUGGACAUAGGUCACCAGUCCACUCCCCCCAUGGUGGUGCCCCUAUGGGAAGGUUUGUUCAUCAUCAGAUGGGGUCACAUACAAACUGGGCCCACGGGCCGGCAGCAGUAACAGGAUUUCAAGUCAGACCGAGAAUACAAAGGCCCUUAUCUGUCCCUGCUGAGAAACAUGACAUGUUAGUAAAGGGCAGUCCCUUGUAUGGACAGCCUCCGUGGUGGGGCUGGGGCUCAUCAGACGACGAGGUUUACAAUUACCCAAACACUGCCACAAUUCUGGAGAGCGGCGACGAUCAACAGCCUCUUGCUCUGAGAAAGAAGAAACUCUCUAAGAAAGACGCGCUGGAAAUGGCGCAAAGGAGGCACAGCAUUGGGACUGUAUCGGUGUUGUCUGAGUCCAGAGCACGGAUUGUCACAACAAGGACUUCUAAAAACCCCGAGCUGGACAAGGCGAUGAAGCAACGAGAGGAAUUUGUUGUCUUUCAGAAGAGGUCUUCUCUACCAGGGCCGGGUCAUAACGAGCAGUUAUCUCCCGUGUUUGAAAAUUCUACCAGUAGAGACUGGCAAUUACCAAAUGCGCUUCACGAGCCGGGAGAGCUUGAUUCGACGUCUUCGGUGGAGAAUUCUUCGGGUGACGGAAGCGAAGUGCACCCUAGACUCGGGUCUUCUUACGAAGUUCCUUACAUACCGGACUAUGAUGAACUUCCAGAAAGGCCUGUAAGUCUGAAAAGCGAUAAAGGUAAAAUAGCAUCCCAGGAUGCUUCACGGAAGGGUUCAUCAGAGAAGCAAGAGAGAAUUGCAAGGAAAAAACCUACCAGUAAAGUUAAAAAGAAAAUUGUUUCCACUGAUGUCCCGGCAAAGAACGGAAAAGCAUUGUCAGGCUCCAGAAAACAUUCAAGUGAUACCAGUGAGUCUGAGUACGAGCCGACCUCACACCCUUCACGUCGAUCGGGAUUAGCAGCUGUCGCUUCCCCUUCCUCCAUUGGUGUGUUUGGUCUGACGGAGGUGACUCUCGGUGAAUCCGAUAGACAAGAGGCACUAUCGCCAGCCCCCCUUCCAAGUUGGGUAAAACAGUGGACGAAUUCUACAAACGAUCGUGAGAACGCUUCAGUUUAUCCAGUUGAGGUCAUCGAUUCAUCUAGUACGGCUGAAGAGUCUGCGGGAAGCAGUGCCAUGUCUUCUUCGAGUCACAUUCCAGUUCCUAUAGAAUCUGAAAAUUCCGCUCCAUGUUUUACAGAAGACAAGUCCAAACCCAUCAAGAGCAUUUCGUCAUCGAGUCUAAGCAGACCAAGGUCGGCAACAUCGAGAACGGCAUCGCCUGGUGUAUUACGAAGCCAGAGUAUGUCUGCUGCUAAUAUGUCCUCCUCUCCGAAGUCUGCGUCCUCCCCAAGAGUGGCGCGGAGUAAGACCAUGUCUGCUGUCGUGCGGCGGUCGUACCCGACUGCUGCCAACGAAUUAGAGAAGAAACCAGUUGACAACGCAAGGGGAAGGGCUGUGAUAAGCAGUACUUCAGAUGAUAGCGAUGUGGAAUCAAGCGACGCUUCCCAGACGAGACAGACUAAAGAAUCGCGAAGGAAGAGCGACGAGUCCGAUAAGAAGGGAGUUCAGCUUAUUCCUGAAAAGGAGGGGAAGCGACCGCUGUCGGCCCCCCGCCCCAACAAGACAGCUAUGCUGAGAGCGUAUAACAGCCGAGAAGCUGUGAAGAACAGUGGGGUUAAGAGCAAGACUGCAGUAUCGGCGAAAGCGAGGACUGCUAAGAGCUCAUCGCCGAACAAUGGAAAUUCAAGUGAAUCUUCGCCGUCUGCGAGAGUGUGGAGUCCAAGUGUGAAAAGAUCAACAAAGUCCUCUUCGGGCGAUAGUAUCCGUGAGGAAGAGGAGAAUGGUACCAAUUGUAGCUCGCCAGCAAGCGAUGACGUCACUCAGGAGGCGAUAGACCAGGUUUUUUCUUCAGGCUCAGUCCAGCAACUUCCAGAGUCGCUUAUAAUGAAGCGGGAUGAUAAUGUUAACAAGACUUUUGUGCUCGAUGACGGUAAUGAGGACAAUUCUGUUUCAUCUCCCGAAGACACGUCCGUACAAGCAUGGGUCGGCGAAGCAGCCAGUGGUGAAAACGUUCUUGAGUGUAAUGGCGUCGUCACGAAAAACACUGCACCGAUGUCUCCGUCUCGUGAAGAACCAACGGAGAUAAAACUUGAAACAACCAACACUAAAGGAAUCAGCUUGCGUAGUAAGCUUAUACCAUUUGCACCCUUCUUGGAAAACCAGUCAUACACACCCCCCGUGUCUGAUCUUCCUUUUGAACCUCCCAGUGACUCAGCCGACGACACAUCCGGGAGGUCUCGUUGUUCUACAGCAGAGAGUAGGCCUAUUUCGCCGGAGUCAGCGGUUUCGACCGCACCUGCUGCCUCCCCCUCGCCACCUUUGACUCCGAACUCUGCAGCAAAGAAAACAUUUGAUUUUAAGGGGGGAGCAACAUCUUCGCAAAGCAGGAGGCAGUGGGGUGUCACUGAUAAGCCUGUUGAGGAUCUGAUGUUGUCCUCAAUUCACGCAUUCUCCGUAGAGUUACGGCUAGCUUCGGAGUCCGUGCUUGGCAAAGUGAAAACUCUGUACGAUGGAAGCGAGGAGCUAAACGGCACUGCAAGGUCAAGGACGGAUUCUGACGCAAAACAGGAAUCCAAGAGUGCCAUUCCAGAUUGGAAGAGCUCUCACGCGGAGAUAGCUGGGAUAUUUCGAAACUUGCGAAAGGUUGAGCUUCGCCUUCGCACGAUGGAGCAGGCCUUAUCCAUCAUGUGUGUCGCAGCUCAACGGGACCCUAAUCAGUCUUUCCAAGAGAGGAAGAUUUCAAUGGUGGAAACGUCUAGCCUGGCCUCAGGCCAAAAAUGGAGAGAGUUUAAAAUCAAGGCUCGCCGGAAUUCUUGGGCAGUGGAACACAGAAGCCAGUUCCCAGUUCCACCGGCGGAAUCUGACGAGGAGGACGAGGACACUUCGUGACUGGGUCAUGAGAUAAAAUACUGGGAAAUGAAGUAGAGCACUCGAUCCCGCCUGGAAAAAAAAAGAGCUGAAAGUUUGUGAACGUUCGGGCUACGCCAUUGUCAGUCUGUUGUUGAUAUUAUGGAGGAUUGCGGUUGGCAACGAAAUUGUUUUGAAUAAGUAAGUUCACUUUUCUGAGGAAGGAAAAGAAGGAAUUGCACUAUUGAUGUGUGGUAGAAUUUUGACUGUGAAUUUUUUUUUUUUUAAUGAAAGAUUCCGGAGAAAAGAAUUUGUACAUUUGCUUUUUAUGAAGAAGCCAAUUUUGUUCAUUUUUGUGUUGAAUAUAGGAAUCUUCGUGAAAUUGCCAUCUUAAUGAUGAAGCCAAAUGAGCCGUAAAUGUAAAUGUAUGGGAGAGCAUUGUAAAAAUUUCAAUUGCUAUUUAAUGCACACAGAUUAUGGAUGUAAAAAGAUAAGAUUAUACACGGAAUAAAGAUAACGAACA